CUGCAGACAAGAGUGGUAAAUAGGCACGGGCAGUGGAUCAGAGAUAUCACAAAGAGAAAUCCCCAAUCCAGGCUAAUUCCGCUAAUAAUGCUAGGAGUGAGUAUGGAAAGCACCUUGCUAAUUCUGUGACACCUGAAGAUUGGGAAGUGGUUUAGAAGAUGGAGACAUUCACUUUCGCGACUUCUGCUCAGGUAGCUCUGCCGAUACGCGUCAAAAUAUGUAAUCUAGAAGGAAGACAGAAACAGAUACCCUUUUCCCAACUGCUCCGGAACGAAAAGCUUCGACACCUUGGAUCGAACCAGAGCCCGGUUUCCGACCUCUACAUUACAGUGCAGCUAUGGUCGAGCUGCAAGCCGUUGGGUGUUCCUAUGCAAACCUCCUACAAGUCCUUUAAGACCAGUCGCACAUGGAAUGAAUGGUUACAAAUGCCGUUCCUGAUUAAGGAUGCCCCGCAGAAUGCUCAGUUAGGCAUCACUAUUUGGGACCUUGAUCCAAUGGGGGAGGAUUCAUUCCACGGCCAUUCAACUCCCUUUGGCGGCACGACAAUCCCCAUUUUCGAAGAGGAUGGAACCUUGAAGAAGGGAAAGCAAAAGUGCAAGAUCUACAGGCACAAAGCUGCAGAUGGAUACUCGGCUACCAUGACUCCAAGCACUCCUGCUCCGAAGCGUCGGACUGGGCAGUUUGUUGAAGAGGGCCCCACACCCGAGGAGUUGGAAUUAGAACGUCUCGAAAAGCUCCUUAAGAAACACGAAAUGGGAGAGAUUCAGCGGGUUGACUGGCUGGAUCAGCUCGUGUUCCGAGCCGUUGAAAAAAAGAAAUUGGAAGCGGAAGAAGCUGCAAAAAAACGCGCCUUAAGAAAUAAAGUCUCUCGAGAGAAAUUCUUAGCUGAGACAAACGGGGAGAGUAAUGGCAUGGAGGAUGACACCAUAGACGACCAGAAUUUUGUGCUCUACAUCGAAUUCCCGCGCUAUGACUUCCCCAUUGUUUUCCAAGAUUUUCAAUAUCCAGCACCGCCUAUUUCCUCCUUCUCUCAGCAUAACCCCUCGAUGAGCCAGACACUUCGCCCGCCGCCUGAGGUGCGUUUUGGACCAGGUAUUGAAGGCGCUUCCGAUGACGAGGAUUAUCCAAUUAUUAAGGUAUAUGACCCCGAAGUUGGACAGAAAGGGAAUCCUUGCGAGGACAAGCAUCGCAGAUUAGUCCGUAGCCACCGGACUGGGAUUAUGGACCGCGAUCUCAAGCCCAAUCCAAAGAUUCGCGACGAGUUGAACGAUAUCAUGUCCUACGGACCCACCCAGGAGUUGAACGCAGAGGAAAAAGAUCUCGUCUGGAAAUUCAGAUACUAUCUCACUCGUGAAAAGAGAGCACUCACUAAAUUUGUCAAGUCUGUCAACUGGCAAGAUGCCAAUGAGGCACGACAGGCAGUUGAAAUUCUUCCAAAAUGGACGGAGAUUGACGUCGAUGACGCUUUAGAGCUGCUUGGCCCAACAUUCGAUAACCCGGCUGUUCGGGCUUACGCGGUUGAACGCCUGAGAAAGUCCGAUGACGAAGAGCUGCUACUCUAUCUCCUGCAACUCGUGCAGGCCCUGAAAUACGAAGCCGUCUCACAACAUACAGAUGAUGAUCCUGCGCAGGAUUCGUCUCUGACUAACUUUUUGAUUACCCGGGCGGCCCAAAACGUUUUGCUAGGAAGUUACCUCCACUGGUACCUAAUGGUUGAAUGUGAUGAUAAUACAGGCAAUUCCUCCGCUCACCGUGAGCUUUUCGCGCGAGUGGAAUAUUACUUCAUGGUCGAGUUAGAAAGGGUCAAUCCUGACGAACGAAAGACGCUGUUGAGACAAGGCGAACUCAUCACCGUCCUUUCCAAGAUUGCUAAGGAUAUUCGCUUUUCCAAGGUUAACCGCACCGCUAAGAUUGAGCAGCUGAAGAGAUGCCUGGCAGAUCCUAAAAAUGAGAUUGUACAGAUUGAUCCAUCACUGCCGCUUCCGUUGGACCCCGAAGUCCGAAUCAUUGGAUGCUUCCCGGACGCGGCCAAUGUCUUUAAAUCAUCACUUUCUCCUUUACUAAUUAAUUUCAAGCUGUCUGAUGGACGAAAGUACCCUGUCAUAUUCAAAGUUGGGGACGACCUUCGGCAGGAUCAGCUUGUCAUCCAGAUCAUCAGUCUUAUGGACCAGUUGCUAAAAAAGGAGAAUUUGGACCUCAAACUCACACCUUACAGGGUCCUCGCUACCAGCGCGAAUGCCGGCGCCAUGCAGUUUGUCCCAUCCACUUCCCUUUCUGCAGCUUCGGCAAAGUACAAAGGUUCAAUUCUUGCCUUCUUAAGGGCAAAUAACCCAGACGAUAGUGAGCCCUUGGGUGUCCGCAAGGAAGCAAUGGAUACAUAUAUCAAGUCUUGCGCUGGAUACUGCGUUAUUACUUACCUAUUGGGUGUUGGCGACCGUCACCUGGAGAAUCUUCUCCUUGCCCCAGACGGGCACUUCUUCCACGCCGAUUUCGGGUUUAUCCUGGGUCGUGACCCUAAACCCUUCGCUCCGAUGAUGAAACUUUCCAAGGAAAUGAUAGAAGGAAUGGGCGGGGCAAACUCGCCUAAUUACUUGCAAUUCAAGCAAUACUGCUUCACGGCGUAUACCACCCUGCGCAAAUCGGCAAAUCUCAUUCUUAACUUGUUCAGUCUGAUGGUCGACGCAAAUAUCCCCGAUAUCCGCGUUGAGCCUGACAAAGCGGUGUUAAAAGUCAAGGAGCGAUUCCACCUUGAAAUGAGCGAGGAAGAGGCAAUUCGCCAUUUUGAACAGUUGAUUAUCGAAAGUGUUAAUGCGAUCUUUGGGGCUGUUAUUGACCGGAUACACGAUUUGGUCCAGGGGUGGAGAGCUUGAUGGAGUUCCCCCAUAUCAUUCUAUGCCGCCAUGAAAGUUAUGACCAGACCUAACGACUUAGAUUCUACGUCUUUAUCCAUGUGGUCAAGUGAACUUACUCCUAAGGCUUUAAGCGCACUGGCCUCUAAUUUUACAAUGCCCUGUAAUCUAGUCUGUCCGGAAGAUGGAUGCCUGUCCGAUUCCCCUUUUUCUCGCGCUAUCUUACCCAGAAGCAGAAGUUUUCAAGCAUUACAGUGCUGCAUCCGCUGUGCAGUCCUCCUCACCUUAAGCGAUAUGGGAGUAUUAGGGACUGUUCCCUCGCUGUACUACUAAUAAUAAGACCAAUAUUUUUGCACAACG